GAACAAGAACGCGUCUAGAAAGAGGGGUUGUCUGUAAUGGUCAGUAGUGAGAAUUAUGAUUAAUAAUUGGCUGUAAACAGGCCACAGCUGCAAUGCCAUCAAUCCCGCCAACUGAGGAUGCGCAAAUGCGAGAUGCGCCCACCGAUGAUGACGCGACACAACCCAUCAUCUCUGCCGACGAAGAGCGCGUCUUGAAGCUUUUCGAUCGCCUCCAGGAGUUACAGCUACAGAUCGCGCUCGUCAAGGCGCGUAAUGCCUACAAGCCAACAUCUGAACCGGACACUCCCGAAGCUGUGAAGGCAGCUCAGGCCCGCCUGCUCGACGCCCGCGCCGGCUACAUGCUCCGGAACCAAGUAGUCGAAAGUGUCGUCUCAGCGACGCCGAUUCUCCAUGCCGUCCAUGGCGCGAAGAAUGCAAAUUUGAUCGAACAAGAUCUCAAAGACACUCUCAAGGCCCGUGAUGCAGCCUCAAUCGCCGUCGCGAACCAGACCACCGCACUACACGAGACCCUCGACAAGCUCACGAGCGUCGAAGCCGAUAGCCUGGCGCUGUCGCGCAAGAACGUCGAGCUUGCGGCCGAGAUGCUGGAUUUGGUCCAGGAGCACGAGGCAAGGAGGAAAGGAGUUACCGCGGACGAGGACCCGGACACGGCGGCCGAGAUUCGGCGACUCGAGGGCCAGGUGCAGGCGAGCCGGCGGCGCUGGCGCAUCAUGAAGGGGACGGCAGGCGCAGUCGUUGUCGGCAGUGGUGUGGACUGGGUAGGGGAUCCGGUGUUGAGAGACGUCGUCCUAGACUCUGAGUGACGAGGGAGAUGAGAAUCUCAUGGCGGUUUUCUAGCGAGUAACGCUAGAUGAAGCCUGGAGGUGACGACGAUACCUCACGCCGCGCACUGACACAUGGCCUCGGCGAGUAGCAAAACAGAGCACAAUUGAGCUCGCACCGUGCUCAGCUCGAGGUGGGUAUUGGAUCCAAGACGUCAUCGCACCGUGAUUAUUGGAAUAGUUGCAAUUUGCAUACAUGGCGCAUGUUUUUCACGAACUUUGCUUCCGAGUUUCCGACAAGCUAGCGGAUUGCGACAGCGACAAUGGGUGCUGGGCGCGUCCAAAAGCUGGUAGUAGACCUUGCACGGGCGGAGACGCGACAGAGAAUCAGGAACCCGGUUGCAUGAUUCCCAUAAAAGCAGAUGUGACUUGUGAACUGGACCCCUCUUUCCAGUGGCCUGACCGCAUGAUGAUAGGGUCCUUGUCAGAACAAAGCUCUAGUUCCAGGUCCAGGUCAUCGGUAAACGAGCUUAUACUGCGAGUAACCUUGUACGGUAGUACCUUUCUUAGGUUUGCAACAACGCAAAAACUUAGUACCGAUAGAUAGUAGCCAUGUGAGCAAUAUUUGAGUUCCUAUAAGGGGUCC